AAGGAGGAGGGUGCCUGGGUUGGCGGGGGUGGCUGUUAGUCUCUGCGGGCCUGGGCUACAUCCCUUGCCGGGCUCGCGGGCCAAGGGGCCCUGUUCUAGCAAUGCUCUGGCUGGGGCACCUGGGCCCUCCUGCGGCGCAGCGCUCGCUGGGCUCUGGGGUGCUGCUGCAAGCUGCCGCGCGCAUCGUCCGGAGCAAGGUGGGCAGCGGCGGCGGGAGCAGCCCCGGAGCAGCAGCGGGGGCCCCGCCGUUCCGAGGCGGCCAGGUGCAGGCUGUCCCCGCUGGAGGCGAAGCUAGAGAGGCUCCGCACAAGAGGCAGCAUCGACCCAGCUUCCGACAGGGGUGCAGCUGGCUCGCCUUGGGGGGCCUGCGCCUGCAAAGCCCCCUCCGCCUCCUGCCCGCUGCUGCGCUGCUUGCCCCAGCCGAUCCUAGCCGCCGGGCCGGCUGCAGCGCGGCUAAGGCGGGUUAUCUGGCCCACCACAAGGACUUCGGCUACAAACAGCAGGUGCAAGAGGCCGCCGAGUCCAGCCAUCUGCAGCCCCAGAUAACUGUGCAAGCAACGGCCAGCAACUUCCCCAGCAGCGGGAGCUCUGGGAAGGACACAAGUAGAUCCCCUGAAAAGGAAGUCACGGAUCCCAGUGAUGAAGAUGAGAAGAAACCCAACAAAUCCCAGCAGCUGAAAAAAGUUUUUAAAGAAUAUGGCGCUGUAGGAGUUUCAUUCCACGUUGGAAUUUCGUUAAUGUCUUUGGGAAUAUUCUACCUGGCUGUUUCAAGUGGUGUGGACAUGACUGCAGUUCUCCUAAAACUUGGAUUCAAUGAAGCAUUGGUGCACUCCAAACUGGCUGCUGGUACAAGCACGUUUGUGUUGGCCUACGCUAUUCACAAAGUGUUUGCUCCAGUCCGAAUCAGCAUUACCUUAGUUUCUGUGCCAUUCCUUGUCCGAUAUUUCCGCAAGAUUGGUUUCUUCAAACCUCCUGCCUCAAACCCAUGAUUUAAAAAAAGAUUUCAAGAGUCAUGUUCAUAUAGCUUUUUGAAGUGCUGUGCAACUGCAGUUACCCUAUUUGGACUCAUGUUAAUACUGAUCUCAUCUUGCAUUUUUGACUUGUUUUUUCAGGUAAGUGUUUCUUUCGGGAAAAUGAUAUCCACUUUGCUUUUUCUCUUUCCUUGAGAACUUUGUUAAAAUGGUAUCUGAAAACUCCUGCAAGUGAUAACAUAAGCACUUACCUACCAAUGAGAAAACUGUUUAGAACAUAUAUCUUAGUAUAAUUUGUUGCUCUGAAAAGACACUCUUGCCAUGCUGUACUUCCAUACUUCUAAGUUGUAUGGAUGCAGAGCAUCACUUAAAAGCUCACUGUCCUGGUUGGCUAGCAGCUUGCCCUACUGGAAUUUUAUUUAUACUAGAGUGCUGUAGACUAUUUGAGUGAGUGAAAUCCUGACUCCCCUGUAGUCAAUGGAAGUUUUGUUACUGACUUCAAGAGGACCACAAUUUCAGUCUGUGGGCAUGAUCCAAAGCCCAUUGAAGUCGGUGGCAAGACUCCGAUAGGCUUUGAUGUGGUGGAUCAGGCCCUGUAUUAGCAGACAUGUUUAUAACUGGAAGCGAGCUGCAGCAUGUUCUCAACCCCUGCAGAAGAAGUUCAUAUACAUUCCUGAAGUCCAUAUGCUAUAAUUUUGCAGACUGUUGUGUGCACCAGCUAGUUACUUGAUUCUUAUAUUAAACUAACGAAGACUUAAUAUGGGAAUGAUCUAUACUUUUAGGACUGUUUAUUGGUUAGCUCACAUCAGAUACCAUUUUAAAGUGCUGUUUCCUUAGAUGUUUGAGUUGUCCAUUUGACUUGCUGUUCAAAACUCAAUAUGGCAUGUUUCUACAAACUGCUGCAAUGUCUAUACUUCAUCAAGCCAAGAAAUCUGCAGGUCUGAGCUACCUACUAUGGGAUGCAUAUUAACUAUUUUAAUGUGAACAGAAAAAAAGCUUAGUUCUGAUCUCUACAGUAAAUUCCAAACACUUACCAAUGUGCUACAUUGCUCUUGCACUGCAGAAGCAUUACAGUGAUGUCAAGGGUAUGUCUACACUUAUCGUGGAUCGAUGCUGCCACGAUCAAUCCACUGGGGGGUUGAUUUAGCAGGUCAAGUGAAGACCUGCUAAAUUGACCACAGAUCGCUCUCUCGUCGACACCUUAUGCUUCUCAUUCUGGUGGAGUACUGGAAAGUUGACGGGAAAGCUUCUCCUGUCGACCCAGCGCAGUGUAGGCACGACAGUAAGUCGACCUAAGCUACAUCAAGUCCAGCUUUGUUAUUCACUUAGACACUUAAGUCGACUUAACCCUGUAGUAUAGACCUGCCCUAAGUGAGAUUGACCUAAAUGAGCACUUGGUAGUAAUUUUAGGCCCAAGAUUUAGAUUUUUUUGUUUUUAAUUACAAAAUGAAAUAGAAAUAGUCUCAGUAGUUUUAUCUGGAUGUUCCUCUGCAGUGUUGGUAAAACGAACACUGCAGCAUAAUGCAAGUGAAAUGGAAUAUAAACAGAUUAGUUUAGCUUCACCCUCCAAGCUGAGGGAAGUGCAAAGAACUAAGGAGCUGUCAAAAUUGCAUUAUUAUAAACUUAUUUAUCCUUUUAAAUAAUUGGUUGAAAAUUGCUUCUUAAAAUAUUUUAUUACUGUGACAAUGUUCCUAUCAUAAUGUGGUACAUACAGCUAUGCAAUACAGAGUUAGCGUAUGCCUCAAGGGAUUUUGAUGAUUUAGGGCUAGAUUGGCAGCUUGCAAGCUGCCCUGAGUAAGGGGAAGCAUAUAACUGCACUACCCCAGGGGCAGAGGCCAUAUUGUGACUAAGAGUUGCAGUGUGGUCCCUGCUUCCUCUUUGCUCCAUGGGAGAUGUAAGCUGUGCCAGCCUUCUUUCUAAUGUAGCUUAAAUCACCUUGUCCACCUGUUCUGCUGCUCUGGCUGGCUCACUGCCUGGCUAGGAUUUAUCUGCCCCUAGGUGGCUGUAUUCCUUCUUGUAUUGUGACCCAUGAUGCAGGUAGUUUGUGCAGAGGCAAAAUGAGGUGCCUCACAUCCCUGCAGUGGUGUGUAAGCUAGUUUGUGACUGAGUCCAUAAGUAACCCUGAAAUCAGCUUAUCAAGCAGAGUUUACAUUUUAUUUUAAUUGCUGGAAUGUUUUGACUUUUUUAUUGAAAUUGCCUUCUGGUGAUGCUACUGAAUAAUAGACUUUCUGGCUAAAAUUGAAAUAUUUUUAAGUAACCAUUGAAGGUGGUGGUGGGGUUGUUGCAUUGCUAAUUCUUAACAGUAACUUCCCUAGUCUCCUACAACUUGCUAGCUGCUAAAACAUUUGGGGGAUUUUAAGGAAAUUUAGACAUUCUACUCAAGGUCAAACACUUAUUUUUUUUUUAAAGGGAAACAUUUUUGGUUUUAUUCCCUUUCCCAUAAUUAUUUCUAAUAGAGCCAUUUUCUCUGAUGGGCUCUUUAUUGCUUUAGAGUUCUCUGAUCUUUAGUACCAUUGCUAUAUUAUUAAUAUCAAAAAGUGACUCUGCAAGAUACAAAAAAUUCUACUUUUUAAAGUAUUCAAAGUGUCACAUCACUUAGAAAUGAAAAAAUAAAGUAAAAUGUGUAUUUUUCUAUUAUCACUAUUAGAAAAACAAGUAGCAUUCCAGUCCUUCUAUCUGUUACUUCCUGUAAUGCAGUCAUGAUUUUGUGGUUUCUGGAAAGUGGUUUGUGGUUGCUUUAAAAGUCACCAGCAUGCCACGCACUGCUUAUAUUUUAAAAGUUAAUUUCAUUUGCUGAGUAAAGUAACUAAACUGCAUUUGUCCCCUUUAAAUCAGAUUGAGACACUAUUUUUUACCUCUGAAUUAGACAAAUCUGGUUGUAAAAACUGUUAUUUGCAACCUUCGUUUAGAUUAACCUUUUUGCAAUGUACUUUAAAUCAAGAAUAUAUUUUGAAUUUCUGAAUCAUUUGUAAGCUUGAAAACAAUUAGUUUGUGAAACAGUAGUAAAGGUCUUAUAGAAUUGUCAACACUGGUAGAAAAUACAAUAAAUUUUUUUUUUCCCUUCUA